AUGACCGCCCCUACUGUCUCCUCUGGUCUGAUUUCUCCCCAGUCCCCAAACGAAAUUUUCUCCUCUUCAUCGCAUUCCAUGUUCUUCUUCACAAACCACCUUCUGUCGACUACUACAGACUCUAGCUCUAGCAAUUCUGUGUUCAACUCCUUGCUACGAAUUCUGUCCGAGGAUAGCCGACUUCAGAAUUACCGGAUUCAAAAGGUAAACCUUACGAAACGUCUGGAAAACUUUUUAUUCGGUUCGCUUCUGCUCAUGUUGACUAAGGCCAUAAUCAAAGGAAACCGAUCUCUCUUUGCAAGAACAAACUAG